AUGGCUGGACUCAUGAGCAAGCGCCAGCAGGCGCGCAACGAGAAAGCCUUGCAAGACCUCAAGCAGAACGUCGCAGGAAACAACACAUGCGCGGACUGCGGAGCAAGGAAUCCAGCUUGGGCAUCAUGGAGUUUGGGCGUCUUCCUUUGCAUGCGAUGCGCUACCAUCCAUCGCAAGCUAGGGACACACAUCUCCAAGGUCAAGUCGCUAAGCAUGGACAGCUGGUCCAAUGACCAGGUGGAGAGCAUGAAACGCGUCGGAAACGCCUCGUCGAAUAUGAAAUUCAACCCCCAGAACAAGAAGCCUCCGGUACCCAUCGAUGCUGACGAAGCCGACUCCGCGAUGGAACGAUUCAUCCGAUCCAAGUACGCGCAGCCCCAGACCCAGACCCCUGCCAACGGCGCGAGAAGGCACAACACGGGAAAUUCAGACGAGGGCACCCCGCCGCCAUUGCCACCGAAGACGGGCGGCCGUUUCUUCAAAUCAGGAACACUUUCAUUUCGUUCUAAGAAAGACGCGCGGAGUCCACACGACGGUGCCUUUGCAUCACGCGAUCUACCUCCGCGCAAUUCCGAAACACUGCGCAAUAAGCCCUCCAAAGUCUUCGGGGCUAGCGUACACCAAGAGAGCCCAGAGGCUACGGCGCAGAAGCUGACACAGUUGAGGGAUAUGGGCUUCACGGACGACAAACGCAACGCUAUGAUAUUGAAGGGUGUUAAUGGCAACCUGGAAAAGACGAUCGAAGCUUUAGUACGAUUGGGCGAGGGCGGCAUUUCGUCAGACUUGGCCUCUGCUCGGGAAAGCCAGCCUUUGUCGAGAUCAUUGACACCUCAGCCUACGAAACCCAUCACGAAUGGGCUGUCGAGGUCUAGUCCAACGGCUGCUCGAAGCCCAACAACUCCCUCGAACAACCCUUGGGACAUACAACCCGCCCAGCCUCAAUCAUCUCAGUCCACAGGAACGUUGCAGAACAGGAAUCCCUUUUUCAACAACAAUCCGUUUGGAAUUCCACCGCAACAGGCUGAAUAUACCUUGAAUCAGUCCCUGCAAAAUCUAUCCUUGGCACCAUCUCAGCUACCGCUUUUCCCACACCACACUGGGGGAGUACCGGCUUCACAACCUAUAUCACAACCACUCUAUCCGCACUCAAUGACUCCGCCAAUUCCACAAACGCAAAAUUUUGGGUCCGCGGCAUUUAAUGGCUACCAGAAUUACCAACAGCCGGUGUCGCAGCCCCAGCAACCGCAGCAGCAGCAGCAACAGAACAACAAUCCCUUUUUGCAGGCUCCCGCCGCUGUGCAGCCGUCGUUAUCCCUGAAUACAUCGUCCUUUCAGCAUACUCAGGGAGCAUAUAACGGCAAUCCAUUCACAAGAUCACCGACAAGGAUCGCCUCUCCGACACUAAGCCAGAUACCCGAGCAAUCACAGCAGAACGUCUAUAGUGCGUCCCAAACACCGGCGUAUGGGAGCAACCCGUUCUUUGCAAUGAACCAGCCUGCGCAGUCAUCCCAGCCCCUGCAGCAGCCUUGGUACGAGAGCCAGCAACCUGUGCAGGCGCCCCCUCAGGGAGUAUAUCAACCACAGCGAGCCGAUACCGCCUCCAUAAUGGCCAUGUACAACUAUCCGCACCUCGCACCGACCGGGAUGCAAUCUCAAGAACAGGCUCCCCAAAAUGCUACUGAGAUGGGUCAAAGUCAACAAGUUCCUUCCCAAUACCAGGCACCUACUUCUAUACCAAGAAGUGCUUCAAACUUGGCGGGCACGAACAAUCCUUUUCUGAACAGUACAGCGGCACCAGCUCCCGCUGCCUUCGCGCCGGCUAGUAACACGACCGCGCCAAGUUCAAAUGGGCGAAGCAGGGAGAGUAUGACGAUGGCUAUGGAUAUGGCCUGGAACAACGGCCGGCAUAGCCCCGAUGCCUUUGCCAGUCUGAGUGCGAGAAGCGGGUAA